AUGGGAUCACUUAUGUCACCUCUAAGUAAACGUUUGGCCGAGUGUCCAAAAGAACACGCAACUCGGAGGAUGGCACCCGAUGUUUUUGGUAGUAAUGGAGAGUCUUGGGCACUGGUGCGUGCUAAAAGUCUCGCAAAAUGUGUCAAAGGAAUGGAGGCGAAUAAAGAACCUAUGGCCUGUGCGAAUGACUUUAGGCACCAGAUGGUACCACCCAAUACAUAUUUAUUACAGCCAUUUUUGAAACACCGAGAUAGACUGAAGGCAGGAAAAAUGGGAAUUCCUCUGGAAUUCUCGAAUGCUCAACAGACCUAUUGCAAUCUAGCACCCUCUCCGCACCGGGAAAUAAACAGUUCUCUUCGUGAUCGAGCAUCUAGGCUUUCUGAAAGGCCUUGCUUAGCAGUCAGUAUGCUCAGUUUGGAUGGCCAAGACCAUUACGACGAUUGGCAAGCAACUGCAAAUGAUCUGCAGACAAUGGGAAACUUCAUGCAUGACUAUAGCUUGUCCAGUUCCUUAGAGUAUGACGAGCUCGACUCAAAGCCUGUUCAGAUACAUUCUGUUGGCCCUCGUUUGCGAACUUCAUCGUUCACAAGCUCUCCGUCUACAUAUUCUUGGUCCCCCUUCAUGCUAAAAUCCGCUAAUGAAGGCUUUGUCUCGACAAACAAUCAAAUACCCAUACCAAAUUUAUGUAGGCUGAACAAACCAUCUAAUUUUCAGCCCACCAUGAGAGACUCGAUGGCAGAAGAUGUGGACCUCCAUACUGAUACAAAAUCACGUCAGAACGAAUGUUUACAUGAAAAAACAAGCGAAGAGUUCAUAUUGCGGCCCAUAGCUUCUCCAAUCAACUCUCUAUUACGAUGUACCCAACGUGAGUCUCAGUCACCAGCAUCACAGAGAUUAGUUUCUCCGGACUCAAGGAAAACAGCUUUAAAUGCCCCAGUACAUAACGAAGUAAGCCAAGUUUAUCCUAUGGUGUGGACAAAAUGCACAAAUGCUGAUAACACUGGUCACCAUGCUUUAGGCGUAACAAGCGGUCAGAUUCAUGCAUCGAAGGCUGCCGAUAGAGAAGAAUCAUUUCCUAUUCAUUUUGAUAACUUGGCGAACACUGCUGUUACUAAUAUCGAACCGUACCUAACAACCGACUUUUCUGACAGGACACUACAAGAAUUGGGUCGAAUAGAGCACAGUAAUUCAGCCCCAGAUCUGACGCACGAACAGCAACAGCAAUACCAGCAGGACCCUGUACGGCGAUUUCAUGAGCGCUACUUCAGCAAGCUAGUUAAGUACAUUACACUUCUUGCCAAUUGGCUACCACUUCCAGUGGAUGCUUGCCUAGUAAUGGGAGAAGGUUCUUGCCAUUGUCUGACUCUAUCAACAACUAGCCUUGAUAUGGUGUCACAUAAUAUAUCUAAACAGACCUCGCAGACGCUUACAAUAGGCAGGCAAGAGGCCAAGGGCCGUCGAAGGAGGGUGCACCUAUGUCUUCACUUUGCCUGUGACUGCAAGCGUCCUAAUUGUCUUUACCCAGGACACAGUCCUUCCACAUGCUGGAAAUUCACUACCAAAUACCCAGACUUAUGGUUACAGGUGUGUUUUUGCUUCAUAUUAUAA